AUGUAUCUCUUUCAAUUAGGGUCGCCCCUUUUCAGUUUCCAACCGUCACGUUCAAGCAAAAAUGCAAACGUUAGUCUCUUGGUAGUUCCUCGUUUGGCUUUGUCGAAGACAGAUGUACACGUCAUACGCUGUGUUCUCACAGGGCGCAGGAUGGUCAUUGUCAAGCUUUCAACGUGGAUUUCCCUAAAGAAAAUAAUUAUUAGUUUAUUAUUUGCUCAUGUUUUCUGUGUAUCACCAUUUCCAACAUCAAGUAGAAUCGCUGCGCCCCAGAGCGAAAUCGUGAUUGAUGAGAACACGGAGGCACUAGUGAAAAAUCUUAGGCAUCUGGGAGCUGAUCUCAAAAAAUCAGUCGAGUCAAAUAAUCAAGAUCUGACGCAGAAUCUUGUGAAUGACAUAAAGGGCGUAUGGAAACAAAUAAUCGACAAGCUGAAACCCAAUUUGUACGAAGACCUCAUGUUCUACACAGCUAGACUACUUUUUCUGGCAAAUGAUCGGCACUGCGAAUCCCCUUACGAGACUUUCUUCAAACUACAAUGUUUGCCAAUCGGCGAAAGCAAACAUUGUCCACAAAAUCAUAUUCUUAUCGACGGACCGGACAAUAAAGGUUUCUGUAGUUUCAAAAAUCAUUCUAAAGUAAGAGGUUGAUUCUUGUAACCUUGCUGAGGUUUCUGGUGCUAAAUACAAAGUUUACGGU